AAGCUCUGACUCAAGCGAUUUGAGCCUGAGCCUCCGCGGGUUCAGCCUCCGCCAUGGGCCCGCCUACGCUUCUGCUUGGCGACAAAGCCCGCGCCGGACGGCACCUCGUGACCUUCCCGGGCCUCCAGGCCGGCGGCAGCGCUGUGAGCUGCGCGGAGUCGGAGUUCGUGACGGAGCCGCUUCAGGUGUGCCUGGCCGAGGACGGCGCAGUGCAGUUGGAAGACGGAUGUUUCCUGCAGGUCGCGAAGCAGCUCGCAUUCCGCGGGAACUCGGCGCACUUUGAUAAGACUACCGCCCGAGGCAAUUUGAUCAGCCUUAGCCCCACUCGGUGGAAGCUCAAUGAAGAUUUCUCCUUGUCGCCCGUGGCAAAUCUCGAUUUGGUAUUAGUGUAUGAAGGAGGCAUUGAUCCGGUUGAGGAAUGUCGAGCCACACUUGAGCGCAUUUGCCCAAAGCUUCCAGAACCUUGGAAGAGUUGUUCCGUUGAGGACUUCGAGAUGCAAAAUGCCAGUGGGGGAGGCGGCACGACAUUUUUGCUUAAGGGUAAGGGUGAGAUGCCUUCCUUGUGCAUCAAAAUGCAGAAGAGGGUGGGCAUGGGCGAAGAUGAUGCGGACGUUCAGAGAUUGGAAGCCGCUCAGAGGCUUCUGGCAUCCAAAGGCUUGGCCCCCAAGCGGCUAAUGAGUGACUGGGAGCUCUGGGCGGAAGCUUGGGCACCUCAAGGUGCAGUAGGAGACGCCGACUCCAGAAAGUGGGGUGAAGUCAGCAAUAACCCGGAGAUCGUCGACAAGUGCGGCAGGCUGUUGGCCAAGAUUCACAGCAUCCCGCCGACAUGGUAUGAAGAGCACAGUGCCGUGAGGAAGAAGCAAUUCCCAUUGCUCAAGGAUGUGCCAGCGUCGUCAAAGCUUUGGAGCAGCCUCAGCUUCAACAACAAUAUCAACACGUACGGCCGAGAAGCAGAUAUGGCAUUGGGUGAAGAGGCUCUGAAGAUGUACUUGGAAGCCGGUCCACACCCCGUGUCAGAGGCUGGAUCUCGCACAGUGACUGUGCAUGGGGACUUUCUUCCAUCCAACAUUCUGUCCGGAGAGGACGGGUUGCAGGUGAUUGAUCUUGAGAUGUGCUCUUCCGGGCCAGCCGUGGCAGACUUUUCGUAUGCCUUUUCAUUUUGGGUUCCGUCCAAGAUGCGCCCUGUCUUCGUUCGAGCAUAUCUAGAAGAGAUGAAUGGCACACAAGAAGUUUCCGACGAGGCCGUGUUUGCGUUACAGCUGGAUGCGGAGCGCUGCAUGCCGGUUCAUGGCUACCCUAUCCUGUGCUUGAUUCGAGGCAUGCAAACCAUGCAAGGCUAUCCGGGUGCUGUGAGGCACAGCCUCACAUUGCAUGCCAAGAGCGAAAACACUGCUCUCACCAUGUGUGAAGCCUACAGAGACCUUGCUGAGUUGGCAGACAAGGCACUGGAGGACCGAGAACUGGCGCAGGAGAUCAUUGACCAAGGCUUUGAAGCAGUGGCCCGGCGAGUGGUUUGGAACCACGGGCGUGCGCCCAUCCACUAUAAUGCUCCGUGGCCGGGGGACUACACUGGCGAGCUUACCUGGACUGCCGGCAUCAUUAUGGGCCUGCUCUAUACCUUUGGAGUCUUGAAAUGAGACCGCUGCCCGCUGCCCCGUGAGUUGUUUCAAGAUAGGGGACCCCAAGAAUUAAUGGGUGUUCCUCUUCGUUCACCAAGGGAGGCAACCAAGUGAGGCAACCAAGAAACGGUAAGUCCUCGCGCAGUCACUCCCUAUCCAAUUCGAUACUUGCUUGGCCUUUGCCAACCAUCAGACAGGCCACGGAUGACAAGGAUAGCUCAGAUGUCAUCGGCUUUCUUGAAUACAGACAGUGGUCAGGCACUCAAGUUGUGCUUGCAAUAUACUUCCAUUUGCUUAAGAAUAUUGUUUACUGUCCA